AUGGUAUACUCGGCGCUCACUGGCAACCAGACGGAGAGGUAUCCGCACGUUAAAGAUCAAUACCGGACCACGAAUCAGCACUUCCAUGACUCGCCAACAUCCAAGGAACCUCACAAGACCAGCACGUUUGGAAAGCUCUACGAGAACAGCCCUUACUUUCUGGAUAGGAGGCUUGACCAGAAGCCGCCAUCCCGGGCAUCAACAGUCGGCGGAGGCACCACAGUGCUGAAAGUCAUGGGCGAGCCCCCAGCACCUCGCGGAUGGUCCGGUCGCCUGUCUACGCUCGCGUACAGAGGAAACGGAACAUUCGAGCUUGCAAACGGCAUGACCUACAGCACCAGCAGUAGCUACAGCACGGGUAGCGCGAAGCCAGUCGCACUGGUCCCAUAUGCCGACCUGCAGAAGACGGAGUACCAGGAUCACUUCAACCGCACCGCCGCGGCGUCGGAGCGUCCCGACUGGGCGUCUGGGCGAGCUCCAUUAAGCGUGAAAUACAAGACCACGGGGCGGUUUGCGGGUCUCUAGGUGCCUCUAGUCGCCAUUUUCAGUGCAGCGGCAUUUGGCCCUUGCGAGUUGUCGUCAGAUGUUGUUAACUUCAUUCAAUGGGUUGCAUCCCAAGUACAUGUUUAAUGUGGGUCGGUAUUCAUCCGGGUCCUU